GAACGUUUCAGGACGCUCCGCCAAACGGGAGUUGAAGCUGGCGCGCAGAUCGCUUUCUCUGCUGGCCCCCUCAACAUCGCCCCGCAAUGCAUCAAAACCUGGGUGUUCGCUACUAAUGUACAGAGAUUUGAACCGACGCAGCAGUACAAGCAUGCACUGUAUGCAUGUCGACGGAGAGUCGCACUUAUUAUCGAUGCCGAGACUAAGCAAGCAUGGCUCGCCCCGGUGCUCAGCUUGAUCCUUCACCUCUGCCACAUAUACUGGAAGGACAUCACCAGACUACCUCACAACACCAACCCUAUUCCGUUUGCAGAGCCGGCACAUGAUGGCCAUCAAGCGGCUCUAGACGCCCUCGGAAUGAAGGGAGAUGUGAUUGUGCUGGGUAGACUCGAAGAGCCUGACACGGAAACAUUACGCCAGCUUGUCUUGCGAAUACACACGUCUCUCGUGCAGACAGCCCACACAAGGGAGGAACCUAGACACAACACAAUUUUUGCGACAGAGCUGAUGGCAAUCAUUGACCCCCCCCUUUCAAGGAAGCGCACUGCGAGAGGUUGACGCUUCCGGUUCAGAAAGCUCGUUCAGCUCCUGGGAAGCGAUCGUCAGGCAUGUUGAUGUUGUUGGAGUUUGCGCAAAACUCGGGGGUGCCAUAGAGCCGCUCAUUCCACGCUCCACUCCUAAGUGUCCAGAUUGUUGUACGCUCCCAGCACAGCGCUACUACCUGGCAGCUCACAUGAAAUGUCUCAUGGCCCUCUCCAAGUCAGAGACAAUCAGCACGAACGGGCUCAGUAAUGGCUGUCGAUUAGGACCUAGGACUUUCUGGCGUACAAGGUCACCAUGGUCCAGUUGUUCUAUUCCUGGCCACGCGCGUAUUCGGAAGGACAGUACACCCUAUAAGGGACUCCAGUAUAUAUCAGCAAAGAAGCCCACAAAAAGCCCAUCUCCAGUAUUAUCAGAUCAAGUCAAAG